AUGGAAGAUAAUGGAAUGAAGAAUACUGUGAGGAAGAAACGUAGCUUGACUUGUCGUCGUCCUCGACCUGAAGGAUCGAAUCUUUUAGCAACUUCAGAUGGUUUCAGUAAGAUUUCGAAUGAUGAUAUACCGGCAUUUGAUACGAACCCUAGAAGGAAAGAGUUUAGUCUUAGUCAAUGUAUAUCUAGGGCUGAAUCUAUAGAAGAAUCCGAAAGAGUAAACAAUGAUUCUCGUCGUAGAGAGAUCAUCAGUCGAAACAAACGUUCGACUGAAGGUGUACUUGCACCUGCCAGCUGGAAAAACACGGGCCGGGAAGAGGAAGGUAAUGAUAUGAUCAAUGGGAAAGGAACUGAUUUGGGUGAGUUAGAGGGAGAAACGAAGAAAAUGAAGCUUAAGAUCGGUGGUGUGAGUCGGCUGGUUCAUGCUAAUGGUUCAUCUAAAAAGUCUUCAAAACCAGUGAAUGAUAUUUCGCGCGCAAACAACAAUUUGCAGGAAAGCUCAGAUGAUUGUGAUUCCCCUAUAGAUAAGAAGGCUGAUCUCGAGGGAGUUACUUGGAGCGCUGAGAAAGACGGAUCUAUGGCAGGGAGGAGAAAGCAAGGGGAAGCAGCUGGCCCGGUUCGCAAGAGCAAACGAGCCCCAAAGAAACGGGUUUUUGAUAGCGAUGACGACAACGAUGAUGAGAUCCGGUAUUUGGAAAAACUGAAAUAUAGGAAUGUAUCUGUGUGUAAUGAAGAGACUGAAUCUGGAAGGAGGCAAUCAAAGCCAUCUGGGAUUGCAAAUGGGGAAAAUUCUGGUAAGAGGAACGCUGUAUCUGAGAAGGCGUCCGAAGACAUGGAUUAUGCGGAGGAACCUGAAUCGGUGCCUGAUGAAAAAGAGAUUGUUAAUGAGGUUAAGAGGGAAUCAACUUUGACCAGUCGUCAACGAGCCCUUGCUUCUGCAUCUGGCAGAUCAACCGUGAUUGAAUUUCCAGAUGGAUUACCUCCUACAACGAGAAAGAAAAAGGAGGUUCUUUCAGAAAUGGAGCAGCAACUGAAGAAGGCAGAAGCUGCUCAAAGGCGAAAAGCUCAGAUCGAGAAGGCUGCAAGGGAGUCCGAGGCAGAGGCCAUUAGAAAAAUUCUAGGUCAGGAUUCGAGCAGGAAGAAGCGUGACGACAAGAUUAAAAAACGACUCGAUGAAUUGGCUCAGGAGAAAGCUGCACAUGAGGAGAGGGCCCCGACAAGCUGCAUCAGAACAAUAAUGGGUCCUAAUGGAACUACUGUUUCAUUUCCGAUUGACAAAGUUCCUAGCCUGUUUGAUCCCAAACCAGCAGGUUAUCCACCUCCGCGAGAAAAUUGCGCUGGUCCAUCGUGCACCAAUCCUUACAGGUAUCGUGAUUCGAAGACUAAGGUUCCUCUGUGCAGCCUCAAAUGCUACAAGGCGGUUCAGGAGCAGCAACAGGCGGUUCAGGAGCAACAAGAGGCCGCACCAGUUUAG